AUGUCAGGAGACUAUGAGGAUGACCUCUGCCGGCGGGCACUCAUCCUGGUCUCAGACCUCUGUGCACGGGUCCGAGAUGCUGACACCAGUGACAGGUGCCAGGAAUUCAACGACCUGCGGAUCCGAGGCUAUCCCCGGGGUCCAGAUGCAGACAUCUCCGUGAGCCUGCUGUCGGUCAUCGUGACGUUCUGUGGAAUUGUCCUUCUGGGCGUCUCCCUCUUUGUGUCCUGGAAGUUGUGCUGGGUGCCCUGGCGGGACAAGGGAGGCUCAGCUGUGGGCGGUGGUCCCCUGCGCAAAGACCUAGGCCCUGGGGUUGGGUUGGCAGGCUUGGUAGGCAGUGGUGGGCACCACCUGGGGACUGGUCUCGGUGGCCAUCCUCUGCUGGGUGGCCCACACCACCAUGCCCACACUGCCCACCAUCCGCCCUUUGCUGAGCUGCUGGAGCCAGGCAGCCUUGGGGGCUCUGAACCUCCUGAACCCUCCUACUUGGACAUGGACUCAUAUCCAGAGGCUGCAGCAGCAGCAGCAGUGGCUGCUGGGGUCAAACCAAGCCAGACAUCCCCUGAGCUGCCCUCUGAGGUCGCGGCAGGCUCUGGGCUGCUCCUGCUGCCCCCUAGUGGUGGUGGCUUGCCCAGUGCCCAGUCACAUCAGCAGGUCACAAGCCUGGCACCCACUACCAGGUACCCAGCCCUGCCCCGACCCCUCACCCAACAGACUCUGACUCCCCAACCGGACUCGAGCAGUGAGGAGCGGCCUCCUGCCCUACCCUUACCCCUGCCAGGCGGUGAGGAAAAAGCCAAACUCAUUGGGCAGAUCAAGCCAGAGCUAUACCAGGGAACCGGACCUGGCGGCCGGCGGGGUGGUGGGGCCCCAGGCUCCGGAGAGGCAGGUGUAGGGGCCCCCUGUGGCCGCAUCAGCUUCGCCCUGCGGUACCUUUAUGGCUCUGACCAACUGGUGGUGAGGAUCCUGCAGGCCUUGGACCUCCCCGCCAAGGACUCCAAUGGCUUCUCAGACCCCUACGUCAAGAUCUACCUGCUGCCUGACCGCAAGAAAAAGUUUCAGACCAAGGUGCACAGGAAGACCCUGAACCCCAUCUUCAAUGAGACGUUUCAAUUCUCGGUACCCCUGGCUGAGCUGGCCCAGCGCAAACUGCACUUCAGCGUCUAUGACUUUGACCGCUUCUCACGGCACGACCUCAUCGGCCAGGUGGUGCUGGACAACCUCCUGGAGCUGGCUGAGCAGCCCCCCGACCGCCCGCUCUGGAAGGACAUCGUGGAGGGCGGCUCGGAGAAGGCAGAUCUUGGGGAGCUCAACUUCUCACUCUGCUACCUCCCCACGGCUGGGCGCCUCACCGUGACCAUCAUCAAAGCCUCUAACCUCAAAGCGAUGGACCUCACCGGCUUCUCAGACCCCUACGUGAAGGCCUCUCUGAUCAGCGAGGGGCGGCGUCUGAAGAAGCGGAAAACCUCCAUCAAGAAGAACACGCUGAACCCCACGUAUAACGAGGCCCUCGUGUUCGACGUGGCGCCCGAGAGCGUGGAAAGCGUGGGGCUGAGCAUCGCGGUGGUGGACUAUGAUUGCAUCGGACACAACGAGGUGAUCGGAGUGUGCCGCGUGGGUCCCGACGCCGCCGACCCCCACGGCCGCGAGCACUGGGCCGAGAUGCUGGCCAACCCCCGCAAGCCGGUGGAGCACUGGCACCCGCUGGUGGAGGAAAAGACUUUGACCAGCUUCACCAAAGGCAGCAAAGGACUAUCAGAGAAGGAGAACUCAGAGUGA